AUGGCGUCGCUGAGCGGCCUGGCGUCGGCGCUGGAGUCUUACAGGGGCCGGGACCGCCUGAUCCGAGUGCUGGGGUACUGCUGCCAGCUGGUUGGUGGGGUUCUGGUUGAACAGUGUCCCGCCAGGUCCGAAGUGGGGACACGUCUGUUGGUGGUGUCCACCCAACUCAGCCACUGCAGGACCAUCUUGCGACUCUUUGAUGACCUGCCCAUGUUUGUCUACACUAAGCAAUACGGCCUGGGGGCACAGGAGGAGGACGCCUUUGUCCGCUGGGUCUCCGUCCUAGGGAACCUGGCCGACCAGCUCUACUAUCCCUGUGAGCACGUCGCCUGGGCAGCUGAUGCCCGGGUCCUCCACGUGGACUCUUCCCGGUGGUGGACGCUGAGUACAGCCUUGUGGGCCCUCUCUCUGCUCCUGGGGGUUGCCAGGUCCCUGUGGAUGCUGCUGAAACUGAGACAGAGGCUGCGGAGCCCCACGGCGCCCUUCACCAGCCCGCUGCCCCGGGGCAAGCAGAGGGCCAUGGAGGCGCAGAUGCAGUCGGAGGCACUGUCACUUCUCAGCAACCUGGCCGACCUGGCCAACGCCGUGCACUGGCUGCCCCGGGGCGUGCUGUGGGCCGGCCGCUUCCCGCCGUGGCUGGUGGGCCUCAUGGGCACCAUCUCCUCGAUCCUCAGCAUGUAUCAGGCGGCCCGGGCUGGCGGCCAGGCCGAGGCCACUACCCCCUGACACUGCCGGAAGAGCACAGGGACACAGCCAGAGCCCACGGAGGGCCCUUCCUGCAAAGCAGAAGCCGCCAGGGCAGGGGCCGUGGCUCUCACGGAGCUGCCUGUGGCGAAACCCAUGGGCAGGGUGGGUGGAGGGACUGAUGCGAGGUCCCCCAGGCCUCAGCCUGGAGCUCCUCAGCCGUGACAGUUUUCAGGGGCCGUGGAGGGCUUCAGCAGCACCUCCUGCCUGCCAGCUGGCGUCUUGUAUCCAAAUCAAGAUGAGGAGGAGGGAGCCCAUCGUGCCUUGAGAAAGCUGGAACGGGAAUCAAUUAAACAUUGUGGUGCUGGCA